AUGGGUUUCAGAGGUGCUCCAGGUGGCGACAGUCGUGGAGGUUUUCGUGGUCGAGGGGGCUUUAGGGGUGGUCGUGGUGGACAUGAUCGAUUUGAUCAGGGUCCUCCAGAGCAAGUUGUUGAAGUUGGUGAAAUGAUGCACACUUGUCAAGAAGACCUCGUUUGCACUCUGACUAAUGAGAAAAUCCCCUAUUUCAAUGCGCCGAUGUACCUCGAAAACAAGGAACAAAUAGGCAAAGUCGAUGAGAUAUUUGGACCGAUAAAGAAUUCAGUAGGUGUUACUAUUGAUUUUAUGUUCUUGCUCUUUUCUGUCAAACUGUCGGACAACCUGAAGAGCAAAUCUUUUAAAGCAGGCCUUAAGCUCUACAUUGAUCCUGCCAAAUUACUCCCAUUGGAAAGGUUUCUUUCGGGCGGCACUCAAUCGAGAGGUCGUGGUCGAGGGGGUCGUGGCGACUCCCGAGGUGGACGUGGUGGAGGCUUUCGCGGGGGUGACCGC